AUGGCUAAUAAGACAAUCGCACUUUUGUUUAGCAAAAGGAGUACUAGGACUCGGGUUGCUGCGGAGACUAGUACCGUACUAUUGGGUGGUCGUGCGCUAUUUUUGGGGCGAGAAGAUAUUCAACUGGGUGUGAAUGAGAGUGCUAGAGAUACCAUUAAUGUUCUAGGCGGUAUGUGUCAAGGAGUAUUUGCUCGGGUUGGGGAACACAAGGAAAUAGAGGAACUUGCCGAGCACUCGCCCAUACCAAUCAUAAAUGCACUAUCUUCGCUAUGGCAUCCUACUCAAAUUCUUGCAGACAUUUUGACCUUACAUGAGCACGCUCAUCUAUUCGGGGGAUCGCCCAAAUCAAAGACAGACUCGGACCUUCCUUCCCUGCGUCCUCUCACUGUUACAUGGCUUGGAGACUCAUCAAACGUUUUACAUGACAUCUUGGUUGCUCUGCCUCGCCUAGGGCACCAAGUCCGCGUCGGAACUCCUCCCCAACAGGCGUACCAAUGUCCGAAACCUGUCUGGGAUCGGGUGAAGGAAUUAGGCUGCGAGAAGAAUAUUUUCUGGACCGACAAUCCGUAUGAAGCAGUCAAGGGAGCGGAUGUAGUUGUGACGGAUACUUGGAUUUCCAUGGGACAAGAGGCUGAGAAGGCGCAACGACUCAAGGACUUCCAAGGUUACCAAGUUACUGAGAAAUUGUGCAAAGAAGGUGGUGCGAACCCCGACUGGAAAUUCUUGCAUUGCCUUCCAAGGAAAAGCAAUGAAGUUGACGACGAGGUGUUUUACGGCCCCCGAUCGCUUGUGUUCCCCGAAGCCGAAAAUCGAAAGUGGACCAUCAUGGGACUCUUUGACUUGCUCAUCGGCCGGUGGACCAUCUGA